ACCUGAUCUUACUCCAAUAAUCUAACCUUAAACUCGUGACUGUGAAGAUUGUAAGAAAAAGAUACAGAAAAAGAAUUAAUAAUUUCCUUUGUCUUUACAAUUAGCAUCAUGAAUUCUUUAUCAAAAAUUGUUCGUGGGAAAUUGUACCAGGAGUUGAUUGUACGAUUGCAGUCAACAACCACAACGUCAGCCUCAUUCUCAGACAUUCAAAUUCCAAACAGGAUAGAACGAGGUCCAACAGAUAUCUUGAAGGCUUUGGAAAGUACGAUAUCCAGAGAUUAUACGGCGCCACAUUAUAAGUUUCAUGAUGACCCUUACUUGAUACCUCAAUCAAGCGCGCAUAAUCGUUCAUACGCUUUAGCAAAAGAGUCUGGAAGGAAAACUGCAAUGUGGGUUCGUGAGGAACAUCACGAUUUAUUUCAGCAUAAAGUAGCAGAUCCUGAAAUUAAGGCAUUUGUACCACUUCCCAUUUAUACCGAAGAAAGUAAAGUAACAGAGGAAACAUUAUUAUAUGAAAUAUCAAAUGGUAAUGUUGUUAAUUGUAUCACGAUAUACGAUCUAUUAAAAGGUGAGAUGACAAUACCAACGAAACAGGCACUCUUGGAAUUGUUAUGUUUUUACAAUAAUGAACGAACCGACGAAUGGCUAGAGACUCGUUGGUUUAAAAUCGAUCAAAAACGUAAAAAGAAUGCUUGGCAAAAUUACUCACAAAUCAAUGUACUAUUCGAAUUUCUGAAGGAACAAGAACCCAAAAUAGCAGCUGCUGCGUACACCGCGAUGAUAUGUGGUUUGGCUAAAUGUUUCAGUCCGGACAAGGCUUGGCACUUUUAUGAUGAAAGUCAAAGAAAAAAUAUAUCGUUAUCUGUUGAUGGAUACAAUGCUAUGAUAUCAUUAAUACCAAUGCAAGGAGAGGAUUUUAAAUUAAAAUCAUCAGUAACUGAUAUUUAUAGAGCAAUGAUUAUAAACGGAAUCACUCCAAACAUACAUACCUUUAAUGCCGCUCUUAAUAUAGCAACUACUUUAAAAACCAAUCAAGUAGCUCUAGGUUUUACACGCAAGAUACUCGCUGAUAUUACAAAAUUCAAACUGAAGCCGUCGUUAACUACAUAUUAUUAUCUGCUGAAAAUUUUAAAUAGAUUCGGUGAUAUGUCAUAUAACAGCUUUAUAAAAAUUUUGACGUCUUUGAAGAAUGAAACCAUUACUAUUCAAAAUGAGAAAGAUUUAAAUUUCUUCGUUACCGCAAUGGAAAUGGCGUCCCAGCAGUUCUGUGAUCGUCAAGCAGGUGAAAUGGUGAAUGAGCUUCUUCUUACCGGUGAAAAUUACAAGUUUAUCAAUAACAAUAUAAGAGAACAUAUCUAUUACCGAAUGUAUUUGGAAUUAAUUUUGGCAACGGAAGAAUUUGAGACAUUCUUCAAGCUCUACAGCAAACUUGUACCGCAUGUGACUAUACCGGAACCUGCCGUGAUGAGUGCUAUAUUAGAAGCUCUUAAAUUACAUCCCGCGCAGACUGCCACGCAAUAUAUACCAAAACUGUGGUCGCACAUGAUCAUGUUCGGUCAUCUGAACAGGGAAGAGUUAUUGGAGAACAUAUUGCACUUGAUGAGCGUACAUUGUAAACCUGUGUCUGAUUCUCCAUUAAAUGCGCAAUUCACAGAGAUGGCAGUGAUUAUCUGGGAUCAUAUACAAACUCAAAAUUCUAAAAGGCUACAACACGUCUUGGUAUCUAACACAAUAAUGGGCAAUAUUAUACUGUUGUUGCUACGUGGAAAUAAUUUUACUAAAACGAUAGAAAUUAUAUCGUUAUUAGUUCGUUCACCAAACUUGAUUAAGAAUGGUCAAACCAUUACAACAAAGCAUAUAAACGAAAUAUUCGAACUGUGUUUAGCACAAGCAUAUGUGCCGGUAAUUUUCACACUUUUGGAGUACGUCACUUUCCAUAGUUUAGAAGGAGCCGGGGAAAUGGUUGAAAAGUUAUACAAAACUGUAUCCCUUACCCCCAAUCAGAAAAAUAUAUUGACUAGUUUAGUAGGUAUCGAUGUUCUCCAAUUACAGAUCUCUGAUGAGAAUUAGUCUUCGAAAUAAAGUCUGUAUUAUAAAAUAUAGAAAAUAUAGAAACCUUUUUGAGAAUA